CAAAUAGGUUUGGCCCAUAAUGAACACUAAGAGGAACAUACUCAUUAUAAAAUUAGAUGAAACCUCGGAUGUGUCAUCUCACGACAAAAUAAGUGGCCGUGUGAAGGCCGACUCCUACGUUGUUAAGAAGCCUUGCAAUCGUCUCUCUGUUGCCGAACUAGUAGCUGCUAUGUACUCACCGGUGUUCUGUAUUGUUCUAAUAAAUGGCCUAUCUCAACUCAACGCUUUUCCAUCUUCUACAUUACCAAGAUUGUCCGAUUCAAGCCCGAUCAAGAUAAAAUUGUUAUCACAAGACACUAUCUCUAAGACAUUGACUAACAGAAUUCGUCGUAAAGUGCCAGCGUCCUCAUAUUUUCUCAGCAAAGACACUCCUAUAUCAACAGGACAAUCUGGAGUACCUUCGGCAGCUCUUCCAUCGCCAUCAUUUUCGCAGUCCUAUAGACCUGGGGCCCCUAGCAGCCAGAGCGAUACUUACCGUCCUGAUGGAUCUUUCUCUUACAGCUAUAACACAGAUAACGGAAUAUCUACAAAUGUGAAGGGAUACCAGAAAAACGUUGCGGGUAACCAAGGACAAGCAAUGGAGGGACAAUAUUCUUACCCGUCACCAGAAGGAAGACCCAUACUUACUCUCUGGUACGCGGACGAGACAGGGUUCCAUGCUCAGGGUGCUCAUUUGCCCUUAUUCACCCUGCGUAAUGGAUAAGGACAUAGUGGAUCUUGAAAUAUACUGGACUUAAUUUAAUUGAUUAACUCUAAGAAUAAAAAAUAAAUCCAAAUUAUAUAUAUAUAUAUAUAUAUAUAUAUAUAUAUAUAUAUAUGAAUCUAAAUAUUGUGCUUUAUUUAACUAAUUUCUUAAUUAAGAUUAUGCAGUUAACGUAGGAUUAUAACCAUAUUACUACCCUAAAUAUUUAAAAUUUAUUAAUUAUUUUAGAAAAAUUAUACAUAUAUUUCGAGCUUCAAGUGUAUAUUAAAUAGUAUACAUUAUUUUUAAAUUUUAAUUAAAUAAUAACAAACACUGUGUAUGUUAGAUUGAAACAAAUUUUGUAAUUAACCAAUUAUAUAUGUAAUUUAGACCUUAAGUACAGAAAUAUUAGAAUUGUUCUCAUAUUUAUAUUACAUUAUUGGUGAUAAGUAAAUAUGUACACAUUAAUACGAUACAUAUUUUAUGGAAUAAAUUGCAUUUGUGAAUUUGCUGUAAUGCUCUGUUUUGUUGAAUACUUUAAUUAAACGUCUUGAUUCCAUAGUA